AUGCGUUCAUUAAUCAAUUAUUUAAUUCAGAGCGAAAAACUUCCUUAUCAAAUAAAUUGAAAUAUGAUUUUCAUUGUUUAUUUUGGCCUUAUUCAACUAGUGCAUUCACUUGGAGAUAUUAUAAUUUAUGUGCUUUAUUCGGAGAAAACAAAUUCAAAAUUUGUAACAGACGCGCUAAAUAGCUUAUCUGACACAAUUAAUCAAAGUGAACAAAUUUUUGAUGUGAAUUUCAUAAGAAUGGCUUCAAGCCACAAUUUGAAUGAUAUUUUAGAUACAAACAUAAACUUUAUGAUUAUUGAUGCGACUUUUGAUGUAUACUGAAAUAGAAUUAUUUAUGAAUACACAGAGAAUAACAAAAUAAUUAAUCUCAAAAUGAACUUUGAGGCAAGUUAUGAUGGAGAGUGGCUAUUUUUUCUUCAUAAUUCAGCUGAUCAACACCAGGAAAUUUCAGAAUUAAUUCUAAAUUUUUUUGGCUGAACUAAUUUAGCAAUUAUAUCAAACGAUUUACCAAAAAAUGUGAAAAUUGUGUCAAAUAUCGAAAAACGGCUUAAAAAUCAGAUUUCCUUAAAAGUAAUUCUUCCUGAUGCAAUAAAUACAGGAAGAAUAAGCAGUUUAAUUAGAAAAAUUAUUAUACCGGAUGGGAUUCAAAUGUUUUUUAUUUUAGAAGAAGGAGAAAAUUUUGAGGAUUUAAUUGAAAAUCUCAAGAAAGAAAAAGUUUAUAAAAAAGGGGCAGGUGUUCUUGCUGGGAGCUCUAGCAUUUGGGCAGCUAAUGAGGAUGGCUUAAUUUUGUAUGUCGAAAAAGGUUUAGAAAAUGCAGAAUCAUAUUCUGAGUAUGAAAUCUUAGCAAUAAAGCAUUUUACAGAUAUGAUCCUAGAAUUCAGAUCUAGAUAUUCAAGCUCCCAACAGUCUGGAGAGUUCGAUUCACUUCUUCUAAAGGAAUUAUUUGAAUCAAACACUUAUCAGCAUAAAAAAUUGCCUGCAUUUUCAAUAAUAAAUAUAGACAGCAAUCAGAAGAUUUUGAAAGGUGAGGUAGAAAAUUCAAGUUUUCACUUUUUCAAUAGAACAUUUAUUUUCCCUGGAAAUACAACUGUCUUUCCUAAAAUAUCAAAAACAGAGAUUGUGCUAUCAAUUGCUUCUGGAUCAACUGAACCAAACGGACUUACAAAUUUGUUAAAUUCUCAGAACUUUUUAGGCUCUUUAUAUGCACAAUGGGUUAUGAAUAACUCAACUGAUCUACUAAAAAAUUUUAACAUUUUGCACUUUGAAACGGAUUGCGGAGCAAAUGUAUACGAUUUUGAUUUUUAUUAUAACUGUAUGAGCCCAUUAAAGGAUCAGCUUGGAGUUACAUUUCUUUCACCCUCAUUCAGUGCUGGAGCAGUUGGCUAUAUUACAAUUUUCAGAAAAUUAGGAUUAGAGAUCCCUCAUUGUGGUGCUGGAACUCGAGUUGCAGCUCUCUCAAAUAAAGCAGAAUAUCCAGAGUACAUGAGGGUCAUAACAAGUUCAGAAUAUUUUGCUGUAAUUAUGGCAAAAAGUUUAGCUUAUUUUGGAUGAAGUAAUGUAGCAGUUAUUUAUAGUGAUAAAUCGUCAGUCUUAUCUGUAUAUAAAACAUUCGUACAGCAAUGCGAAAUACUCGGAAUAUCUAUAUUGAAUGACGCUGACAAAAGAUUGAUUCCACAAACAUAUUUGAGGACAAAUUAUACACAGUAUAAGCAUAUAUUUAAAAAUAUAUAUGAAUCUAAAGCAAGGGUCUGUGUUAUUUUUAUGGAAAAUCCAUAUGCUUGGCAUGCAAUAGAAGGAUUUUAUGACGCUGGGUUCAGGGAAGGCGAAUUUGUUCCAUUUUUUUACAGUAAAACUGGUGGGGUUCAAUCUAUUUCAAAUGACCUUGAAGAGCGUAUAAUGAAAAGAAAAAAGUUAAUGCUAGGGUCUUUGAGUGCUUUUAGUGACGAGUACAUUGGUGAUUAUGGAAAACAAAUUAAAUCUGAAAUAGCACAAGCCUUUUACCCUCAAGAUCCCAGCUAUAAAUGUUUUUCAUUUGAUGCUUUUAUGCUUGCAGCUCAUGGACUUGAUUAUACAAUUAACAAAGGGGAAGAUAUAGAAAAUUCGACAAUAUUGAAUAAAAAUUUGAGAAAACAAAAAUUUGAAGGCUGCAGUGGAACAAUUUCUAUUGAAUCAAGUAACAAUAAUAGAAAUUCAGCUCCUAUUAAUCUUUUUAACUUUUAUUAUAAUACUACUGAUGAUACAUACUACGAAACUUCAGUUGUUGUUUAUACACCAGGAUCAUCAAUUCCGUUUAAUAUAAUACAAAAAGUCACAUGGCCAGGAAACUCCAAAACAAUCCCAACAGAUAUGAGGCACAACAAUUUUGACUGUCCGUUUGAAAAAAUACUUGUAAGAAAUUCUAGUGUUGGCAUUGGAAUGUUUCUUGUGGCAUGCUUCACAAUUUUCUCGAUAUCUGGAAUUAUCACUUGAAUAAUAUGAAAAAAAUGGAAAAUAGUUGACUUUCCAAAAUUGGAGAAACCCAAAAAAAUAAAAUUUGCUGAUAUGAUGGUUUAUUUAGUUAUUGCAAUUGAUUUUUUUCAAUAUUUAUAUUUAGGUCCAUCUAGUUCUUCAGUGAAUUCUGUUGUUGCCUAUAUAAGUAAAGCAAUUUCAGUUGACUUAGAAGGCUUAAUUUAUUUCAAAGGGACAGUAUUUUGGAUUGCAAUGGUCUUUACUCUUAGUGCUGCAACAUUCAGUAUAGUAUCUGAAUACUUAUUGCGUGCCUUGAUACAUCUUUUUCCGCACUUGAUGAGUUGGCACAUCCUGUCAAAGGUAUAUGCUUAUAUCAACUUGGCUAUCUUAAGGUAAUUCAUCAGCUCUCUAAGUCGUGGAGAAGAAGAUUGAGUCAAGGCACGCUAUAAGCGUGGAUACGAUCUAUAUUUUUAAAUAUAUUUACUGUUACUAGGUUCAAAAACAUUUUCACAUGAAAAUUUUGUGUAAAUUUGCGCUAUUUUGCAGAUGCUAUAUUGCCUCUUAUAGGUAAUGCUUUAUUUAUUCCAAUAAUUUCCUUUUUAUUAAAUAUCUUUUCAUGUACUCAUGCAACUGGAGAUUCUAUUUCUGAUACUUAUUUAGAUAAAGAUUGCUAUCAAUAUUGUUGGAAAGGAAAGCAUUUAGCAUUCGCUCUGCUAUCUAUAAUAGCAAUUUUUAUUUAUAUGCCUUUAACGGUUUACUAUCGGCCAAUGUAUCAAGAAACGCAAGAAUCUUUGCAUAUUAAAACAAUGCCAAAGUACCUUAUCAUUAAAAGUUUGGCCCAGGUUUUCUUUGUAGUUCUUAAAAAAACUAUGGGCUUUUAUCAGCCAGAAAUACAUGGAUUUGUAUAUUUGGUCUUAUUCUUGAUUUAUUUAUGGAUUAUACUUCGAGUAAAGGCAUAUAAUUACGAUAAAAUAUGUUUGCUGUUGUUUAUAACAAUGCUUAUGGUGAUUUGGUCUGUGUUGUUUACUUCUCUAGCAAAUGUUCUUAAAGUGACUUUUAUACUGUGACUCUGCUUUCAAUUGACUGGCUGGGUUGCAAUUGUAGUAUGAGGAGCUUUUAAAGCGAAAAAAAUUCAGUCCCUAAUUAUCACAGAAAAAGGUAUAGCUCAUCAAAUCUAAUAGCUCACUUUGGACCAUUAAUUUAAUAAAAGCAAAACUCAUUAGUCCUUGAUCGUGCCAAAGCAAGAAAUCUUCGCUAAAGUUUAUCGCUACUAUAUUUUUGAUCAGAAUUCUGGCCAGUAUACUGAUAUGAAUUAAUCUAGCUCACCUGGGGCCGUCGCGAGACGGCUCAGUUACUGCCCGACUUACUGUACGGCUCCCAUCCUCCAGGUUACAGAUUACUCCUCUCCAGUUGUUGCCGGUGAUACGUGGACGCCCCAUGUCGUUAGAAUACGUAGGCUUGGUACUUGCACGCCACUUGCUCCUCCUCAGCAUUAGCUGAUUCUGCGCUAGUCGCUAUGUCUUGACCAUUUGUAGAGCACCCGUGGCCAGGUGUUACGACGUGGUAAAAGUCCUUCUAGAAAGGAGAAAAAGCCCUUUUAAAAGAGACAAAACCCACCUGCAAAGUGAGAAAGCAAGAAAUCUUCAAUUUUCUGUUCAUAAUUUUAGCUUUUCCAAAACUAAGUCAAGUCAAAAAAACCAUUUUUGUCAUAAAAUAAUAUGACCUAAAUCAUUCAACAAAAGGUCAAAGACUAUAUGGACAUAUCCAUUCUUUUUAAAUUUAUGCUUGGAAAGGUAGAUGCGAGUGCAAUCAGCAAAAAAGAAAUUAAUUUUGUUUCUAGCCCCACAAAGAACAAAUUUUCCAUUCUAAUAAUUUUAAAUUCAUUUUAUUAUUAUUUUUUAAAAUUUUAGCAAGCUUAUCUGGAAUUAGGAGAAAAAGUAAGAAAGAAACAAAGAGCACAUCAGAAAACAAAGGCUCUCUUGAAAAGGUAGAUCAAGAUCUAGUAGAAAUAGUAGAAGAAGAUAACGCAUCAAAAGAAUUAAAAAACUCUAAUAUUGUGCUUUGCAUAAAUGACAAUGAAGAUGAAGAAAAUGAUGAAACUGCAAGGUUAGAUUCAAAUAGGAAAUUUAUAUAG